AUGAAUUAGGGAGAGCAUCUUAACAAAUAUGAGGAUGAUCAAAAAUUCACGGAAGGAGAUCAAACGUUCAUCAACGAGCAGACGGACGACGACAAACGAUUCUCCAACACUGUGGUGGACAGACAGGAGUAGGGGGGAUUGGAAGCUUUGUUGGAAUUGGACAAUCGAAAUAAAUAAGAGUUUUUGGGUUCGGAGGAGAGAAACAUCUUCACGGAAUUCAUUGUUAUCUGCCAGAUCAGGAAGGAUAAAUAUCUGAGUGAACAGGAUCCGCAUCUUUAGUUUUUGAUGGAGAAAGCAGUCUACAAGGGGGUACAAAAGAUUCUCAUUAAAGCCUAGAAGAUCCAGGACAAGGAACAGUGGCAAAAAGAGCAAUAACAAUUGAUGAGACUCUUCUAUUCGGACAUGAACAUUGGUUUCAUUACAUCAACAGGGUAACUGAAAUCAACAGUGUUCAUCUAUGUCCAUCAAUCUAUAGCAAGUUGCUUGGACAAUCGUCAGAUAAAUUUGAAUUUUAAUAAGGAAGAUCUAAAAAUCGUAGCCAACUAUUUCUCAAUUGAUGAAAGGAACAAAUCCAGCAAAUCGAGUCCAGAGUUCACAUCCCCUAUAUUGACUAAAGAGAAAACAGAAAGAGAGUAAUUUAAACAAAAUAGUGCAGGUUCAAAGACUAUAUCCCAGAAUGAGGGUGAGAUUGAAAAUCAAUUGAAAAGAAGUCUGCCUCUCUGCCAUCAAACCAAUUGGCUCAAAUAAGAGUUCAUCAAGAAGGAUUACUUUAAGAAGCAAUUCCUCAUCCUCCAAAAAACAAAUGAAAAUGAACUCAAAUCUGGAGUCCAAAUCUUUUUUGUUUAUCGAAUCAAAGAUGAUCAAAUCUAUGCAGUGAAGAAAUCUUAAUUAGCUUCAAAUGUCAUAUCCUUUUUCGAUGUCUUUUCAACAGUCAACCUAUCAGAAAUAACAAACGAUCAAAGAAAAAUCAGAGAAGCCAAAAUUCUAUCCAAACUCAACCAUCCCAACGUUCUAACUCUCUACGAUUGGUGGAUCGAAGAAGAAGAAUCAGGCUACUCCCUAUUCUUGAUGUCCGAAUACUGCUCCUAUCCUGGACUUAAACAUCAAACCAACGACCUACUCAACUAUGCCUAUUAUUAUCUGAAUCCCAUGAACUGCAAAGAAAAGAUAGAACAAAUCAAAACAAUCAUGCUCUAAAUCAUGGAUGGACUAGAAUACAUACACAAACGAGGCAUCGUUCAUAGAGAUCUGAAACCGGAGAACAUCUUUGUCACUUACGGCAUCGACUGUCAACUCCAAGUCAUGUUGGCUGACUUCGAUUAAGGAAAAGAUGUUAGGGAAUCCAAACUCUCCAUCAUCACAGAUGAGAAACUCAACGACCAAGAUCUCAAUUCCAUCAAAUCAAGGAAUACCAUUAAUUCUGGCACCAGCGGUUAUGCUACUGUCAAUUCGUAGAUCAACAAGGAGUAUGACAAAAUGGAUGAGUUCUAUGCCUUAGGGGUCACUCUUCUUCAUUUGAUAUUGGCAUUCCCUGGAUAACCCAAAAAUCGCAAUCUAUAUACUAAUACGUUUGCUAUUAGUGACAUUUCCGAUGUCCUUCUCUUAUUCGACAGUUGGGCUGUAAAACUAGUUAAAAACAAACAUCCAGAAUUUAAUUUCCAAUAAUAUUUUCAUCUUAUGGAACUUGCUAAGGCACUUCUUGAAAAAAAGGUUAAGGAACAUGAUCACAUCAGAAAAAUCAUUCAAAGUUGGUGA